UUUGGUUCAAAUGUCGGUGGCAGCCAAUCAGAGGCGGCCAGGUCACAGCUUCCGUAUCUGUAGCGGAAGAGAAGAUGGCGGCCGCGAGGAACGGGAAGAGUGGACUCCUGGAGAAAUGGAGGAUCGAUGAGAAACCAGUGAAAAUAGAUAAAUGGGACGGAGCCGCUGUGAAGAACUCUCUGGACGACGCUGCUAAGAAGGUGCUCCUGGAGAAGUUCUGUUACCUGGAGAACUUCAGUCUGGUUGACGGUCGUCUGGUGAUCUGCACCGUCUCCUGUCUGUUCGCCAUGUUGGCUCUGGUCUGGGACUACCUGCACCCCUUCCCCGAGUCCAGACCGGUGCUCGCCUGCUGCGUCAUCUCGUACUUCAUCAUGAUGGGCAUCCUGACCCUGUACACCUCCUACAAAGAGAAGAACAUCUUCCUGGUGGCCCUGCAGAAGGAUCCGGCCGGGAUGGAUCCGGAUCACGUCUGGCAGCUCUCCUCCUCCCUCAAAAGGUUCGAUGACCAGUACACUCUCAGAGUCUCCUUCGCUGACGGGAAGUCGAAGGCCUGGAGGGAAGCCGAGUUCACCAAGUCUGUGUCGGUGUUCUUCGACGAGAACGGGACUCUGGUGAUGGACCAGUUUGAAAAGGCGGUUUCUAAACUCCACGACUCGCUGGCAUCGGACAAGAAGACCAAAUAAAGCCGAUAAUCCAUCGUGAAUAUGUCCGCUUGGUUCGACUCCUUCCACAGUUCAUCGCUCUCAGUUAGCAGAGAGAAUCCAUCCGUUUAUCUUCACGUCAUUCAUUAAUUGGUGAUUAGAAAACACUCCCAUUGGUGCGUUCAGGGACGCUCAGAGAUCUGAGAGUCGGCUGCUGUUGUUUGAAUUCUCACCGACCUCCGCGUCCACUCUCUUGUAAUGUUUCCCCGAGCUUUCAGCUACGUCUUAUUGUCCUCUAGGGCAGUUAAUCCAAAUAUCCAAAUCACAAGUAUCUGACAAAAGACCAACAAAUGUCUCGUCAUCACAGUUUGAUGUUUUUACCGUAUGGUGGAGCUUUCUCAGUCGUCAUGGAGACGGCGGCGGCGCAGUGCGCGAUGGAGGUUAAGUGGAUUCUCUCCGUAGCUGAACUGAAAGCGAUGAACUCUCUGAAAGGAAGUUUUAUUCACAGAUCCAGAACGGUUUCACCACAGUCAGUAACUUUCCAGUUUACAGGAAUUAUUUGGUUUCACCUGCAGACGUUUUUUUUGUUGUUUUUGUUUCAGUAUGAAUAAAAGAUGUUUAGAAACUGAAACGGCGCCCUCGUUGAUCGGUGUGGAUGAACGUGUGACGCCUCCACAGACGCAGCGUUUAACUUCUGAAUUAAGAGUCUGUGUGAAUCUUUAACUGUUCGUCCUCAUUCUCAGAGCGUUACACGACCGACGAAGAGUUCGCCCACUGGGAGAAGAAUGACUCAGCACUCGUCCCCGUUAGUCCCUUAAAUGUCAAAAGAAAUCCACCACCUACAGAGCCGGUUGUAUCGACAGGAAGUCAGACACAGAAACACAGGAUCCAGUCAGUUUUCAAAGUAAAAUACCCAAGAUGUAUAAAAUAAAAAGAAAGCAUUUAACUGUGUAGGACAAAAGGAGCUCUCGUUGGGUUUCAGUACUCGUGGAUAUACGGAGUGGAAGCGCACCGCAGACGUAAACCUUAAACUGCCACUGACAACUGAAGAUAAUUUAAAAAUAAUUAGUCCCUAAAAUCACUGGUCAGGCUUUCGCUGGCCUUCUUACGGGGAUCGUUGCCCCUAAAAUGUCUGAGCUUUUCUAAAAAUUCUGCCAGAAAGUAAAAGUUUCAUUUUCUUGUGUGUAAUUAAUAAAAAUAAAAAGCUAAUGUGCUCCAGUGGGAGUAACGUUUAGGGUUGUAUGAGGACUGAAGACUACAAUGAGUUUGCAGCAGAGUCGCAGUGAUCAGAUGAAAUGAUCAGGUCGUGCUGAAUUCACAGGGUUUGGUUGAAUUAGUUUUUGCUUCACAUCUUCCUGAAAGAACUGAAAACCCUGAUUCCCAGAUACAGGCUGGAAGACGCUUCUGAAACGUUCUCGUUAGGGUUCGAUGUCGCAGGCUGUCCGUGCCGCAGACGGGACACCAUAAUUAGUCAGUUUUGGGGUCGUUGGCGGUUGAGAAUCGCUGGUUCAGAGGACGAUGUUCUGCAGCUCAUUAGAGGUUUAAUAAAAGCAGGUCCAGUGUUAACUCAGGACGCUGUCGUCAGUAUUUCUGUGUGAAGUUUAGAUGUUUGUGGAUGUUAAAGGAACAUUUCAGCUCCACAACAGUUCCUGUUGAAGGUUUCUGGAAUCAGAAAGUGACGUGUCGCGUUGUGAUUGGCUGGUUUCUGGAUCAUUACUGUCAUUGGUUGAUGGAAGAAAGACACAACAACGUGACACGUCACUGGUGGGCGGAGCCACAUGAGGGAGAAUAAACACCUGUGAGGGUCAGACAGGUGGAAAACAAGCAGCAGCUAAUAGAAAAAAACAAACAACAAAAUGUGAAUAAAAAUAUUUUGGGUCCAUUUUUGAACUUUUCAUUUUAGUUAAGUUGAAGUUUGACAUUAACGACAGAUUAGCAUUAUUAGCAUCUCCCAAGCUAACGGGUCUGUGAAUGCUAAUGAUGCUAAAGACAGCCUCCUCACAGACAGACAGGUUGACGCCUUACAACAGGAAGUGGACUGCAUGUCGACCAAACUUUUCAUUUUGAGUGUUUUGUACGGUUAUUUUCCUCAGAGCCUUACUCUGUGUACCUUCUGUGUGUGCAAAUAUUAAAGAUGGAUAUUGUUACCAAA